CGGCCAACUACAACUUCUCUCACUUUGCUCAUUGCCUUUCCUUUGUUUUGCAACCUCAAUUCUACCGAGAGCCGUCAGCAAUCCUGCACGAUGGCGUCUCCUAGACUCCCAUUUCUGUACCCGAACCUAAUGCGCGCAGUCAAGUCCUGCGAGCCUUCUACGUAUCGCUCCCUCCGCGUCCCCUCGAAUGCCCGACCUCCCCGGCCUUCUCGAGCCGCCUUCCAUACAACCCGGCGAAGCGCCCAAGGCUCAAUUCAGCGGCGGUACGGCCCGGCUGUUGAACCCAAUAUACCUCCACCGUCUCGACCGACGGACGAGUCCACCGUAAACCAGGAUCCCGAGUCUCCGCCACCGGAGAAGAAGAGUGAUGCGAAUUCUCCAUCGGAACAGUCACAGUCACAAUCGCAGUCUCGCGACACCGCCGAGAAUGCACCAGCGGAAUCCUCCCAAGUAGACUCCGAGAAGGCGGCACAGUCAGCCGAGAGCAAGGAGGCAGAUGAGCAACAAGUUGAACCUGAAGAGGAGGAAGAGGACCGCGCAGAACCGGAAGUUCUCGAGGCAAAGCAACCAAUUCCAUCCGAUUCCAAGGAACCUCAAUCCGAGGAGCGACGCAACGCUCCGAUUUUCGACGGGAAUCCGCUCGACGGGGUUCUACAUAUGCCUUCGCCGUCAGCAUACCUCACGCCCACAGCCUCGCCGCCUCAACAAGCUCCACACAUGGCCCCGCCGCCGUACGUGCACCAUUUCGAUACGUAUAGUCUUGUGCAGGAUCUUGCGACUGGCGGGUUUUCGGACAAGCAGUCUGUGACGAUCAUGAAAGCAGUGCGGACCAUAUUGCAGAACAACCUCGACUUUGCGAAGCAGAAUCUCACUUCGAAGUCGGAUGUUGAGAAUGAAACGUACCUUUUCAAGGCAGCUUGCUCGGAGCUGCAGUCUAGCUUGCAGACGGCUAGGAAUUCGGAGGUUCAGCGACAGCGGGCCUCACGAACGUCAUUGCAGCAUGAAUCUGAUAUCCUUUCGCAGCGGACAAACCAGGAGCUUGCUGGCCUGAAGGAUGACAUUAAGGGGAUGUUCAAUGACCACAAGAUGACCGUUCGUGAAUUACAACGGAGCAUUGAUACCUCGGUGCAGGAGCUCAACUAUAAGAUCACCGUCUCGUUGAACAGUGAUAGUAAGAGUGAGAUUGAGGGUCUGCGGUGGAUCCUUACACGGAGGGCAGCAUUGGCAAUUGCCAUUAGUGCUUUUAUGAUUCUCCUCUUCCUUCGAUACUCAUCUACUCACCGGGCCCAGAAUACCCCUGAAAAGAAGGAGACGCCUCCAAAGGAAACAAAAGAAGCCCAAAAAUCCUCUGAAGCAUCGCACCGUCCUCAAGACGCAGUUCCAGUGACCCAUCUGAGCGAAUCUCUUGGUUGAGAUUCUUCAAAUCGGGACUCAGACAUUCCUUCGAUCCUGUACACUAUUGUUUUACCAUUCGAUUUUGUCAUUAGACUUAUACAGGUCUUUGCUGGGCGUUCUAGGACUUUUUAUAUUAUCUCCAUCUUUAAGCAUAUUUCCUUUGUUUGCCCGUUAUAAUACAUCCACCAUCUCUAUCUAUGCUGUGCCCUUGACCUGGCUAGAACUGUGUUCAAUACGCUGUCUGAUACCCACAAUGUCAACUAGGUAGAUGUUCAUGAGAAUAGAUAUGCUCAUAAAUCCAACACUCGGAUUGUAGCUUAAAUGGUCGAAAUACCAUAUUGUCCU